UGGCGCCGGCGGCCCAGCGGCGUGCGCAAGUGCGGGGGAACUCCGAGAUUCAUGGCGGAAGCGGCCCUGGGUGCUGAGUUCCCCCAGCCCGCCGGUGUUGCGCGCUGGGCCGAGGUUAUGGCUCGCUUCGCCGCCGGGCUGGGUGCGCAGGGCAGACGGGUGGUGUUGGUCACGUCCGGCGGCACCAAGGUCCCACUGGAAGCCCGGCCAGUGCGCUUCCUGGACAACUUCAGCAGCGGGCGGCGCGGUGCAACCUCGGCGGAGGCCUUCCUAGCUGCGGGCUACGGUGUCCUGUUCCUGUACCGUGCUCGCUCCGCUUUCCCCUUUGCCCACCGCUUCCCUCCCCAGACCUGGCUGUCGGCUCUGCGGCCCUCCAGCCGAUCCCCUUCCGGCUUACUGAGCCUGGAGGUCGAAGAGAACGCACUCCCUGGCUUCGCUGCGGCUCUGCAGAGCUACCAGGAAGCUGCGGCUGCCGGCACCUUCCUGGCGGUAGAGUUCACCACUUUGACGGACUAUUUGCAUCUGCUGCAGGCUGCGGCCCAGGCGCUCAAUCCGCUAGGCCCUUCUGCGAUGUUUUACCUGGCUGCGGCCGUGUCAGAUUUCUAUAUUCCUGUCUCUGAAAUGCCUGAACACAAGAUCCAGUCAUCUGGGGGCCCACUGCAGGGAAAAGUUCAAGUAGAAGACGUACUUCACCAUUUCAAGAAAGAAGGAACUGAACCUCAUGCUACUACAGAAGAACCACUCUAUUUUGUCUAGUGCUUAUUCUAGCACAGUAAAGACAGGCUGAGGACUGCUACCAGAAAUCUGGCAGAGCUUACAGUGAAAGACAUGGAAGAAAUGAAAGAAGUGGAAAAUUAUGCAAACCUUGUCUGUAAUUUACCCGAGAAAAGGGAAACAUUUUCUCAUGGUUAUGAAAAGGAAAACAAACAUCUUAUACAUGACUUUAAAGAGCUCCAACUCAAACAGGAAGCACAAAUAAAGGAGGUCGAAGAAAUGUUGUAUCAAGAAGGCUUGUCUGAAAUAGCUCUGAGAAGCCCCAGUGAACAGAUUGCAUACUUACUGGUGGAGAGAAGUAAACUCUUGAGGAAACUGGAACUUGGGGACUCAAACCCAGAGUCACAAAGAUGUCUGAGCAGUAACCUACAGAAAGAAUUUCCCCAGGAGAAAUUUGAACAAAGAGAACAUCACCAGCCUAUGCAAAGAGAGCAUCAGAAACAUCAAGAACCUGUGCAGCAGUCCAAAAAGAAUCUGAGUGAGUCCUAUAAUGAAGACCUGGAACAAAAUAAAACAUCACAAAACUGCCUAGAGAGAGAUGCAGAACAAAUAGCAGAGAGGUUAGAGAAGGCCCAUGAAGAGAUCCGAAGACUCAUGGAUGAACUGCAAGGGAAGGAGAAAGAACAGAGUAAAUUAGAUUCUACUCUUGAGAAGGCUCAACUAGAAAUUGAAGAAUUGAGAGAAAAUUUGACAAAGCUGAAAGAAAAUGAUUCAAUUGACCUAAAGAAAGCAAAAGAACACAAUCAGAGACUAGAUGAGGAAAUUCUGGCUUUAAGAAAUCGGGUUCGAUCACUUGACUCAGAAAAAAAAGUGCUUGGAGAAGUGGUUGAAAGGCUUAAAGGAGACAUUCGUGAAUCACAAGAGAAUAAGCAACUUGGAAACCACUCCCCUGGGAAAACUGUGGGUGCUGAACAAAAAAUACAGAUAUUGAAAAUGAGCCAAGAAAAAACUGAAAUAUUUGAAAGUGAGUUGUCAGAAGAGAGAGAAGGGAGAAAGUAAUUGACAUCUGAUCUUAAUACUCUACAGGAGGAUUUGAAAGUUGAUAAUGAGGAAUUGCAAAAAUCAAAGUCAGAACUUAUAUCCCUUUGUAAUGAAAUUCAAAGUCUUCUAGGGGCAGCAGAACACACAGACCAUUUUUUAAUAGCUUAUAACCUGCUACAAAGAGAGAAUUCUGAAUUAGAAACAAAGAUGAGACUGAAUUAUUAAGUCUUGAAGUUUGCACAAGAUUUUGAAUAAUUAAAUAAUUUUAUGGUAGGGAGCAAAACUGCAGCUGCUAAUUUAAUUACAAGUGAAAAUAUCUGUAAAGAUCUUGUGUUUAAAGUACCAAUUUUGGAAGUAGAGAUUCAAAGCCCAAAGGAAGAGAGAAAGGAACUCUGUCCUGAACUAGGAGAAAGUAAGCAGAAGGAAAUUCCAGAAGAGUCAGUAAAGGAGGGCAGUUUACCAAGAGAGGGUCAGAAAGAGGAGGACUCCCAAGAGAACCAAGAUGUGAAAGGUGAAGAACAGCAAUUGACCUUGAAGCCUGAGGAAGUUGUGAAACUUAGAGAAGAGCUAAGCCAACUGAAUCAGAGCCUUCCUCAGGCUCAGAGAUCUGGGGAUAGCUCAGAUGACAGUAACACCCAGGGUCCAUCAUCUGGAGAAAAACCGAAAUGCCAGCAGCAAGAGGAACUACAACAACUUCGCCAGAAUUUGCACCGGCUCCAGAUUCUGUGCAACUCAGCUGAAAAAGAGCUUCGAUAUGAGCGAGGAAAGAACUUGGACUUAAAGCAACAUAAUAGCUUACUUCAGGAAGAAAACAUUAAGAUAAAAAUUGAACUAAAGCAGGCCCAGCAGAAGUUAUUAGAUAGUGCAAAGAUGUGCUCUUCACUCACAGCAGAGUGGAACCACUGUCAGCAGAAAAUCAAGGAACUGAAGCUGGACGUUCGUAAGCAGGCUCAGAGCAUUAAAUCACAGGAAAAGCUGGAGAAAGCUAAAGUUGCUGAUGCAGAGGAAAAGAUUUUGGAUCUGCAGCAGAAAUUAGAACAUGCUCAUAAAGUCUGUCUCACAGAAACUUGUAUUUUGGGGAAGAAGGAACUAGAGGAAAGGAUAAGAGAAGCAAUGGAAAAUGAAACUAAAAUAAAGCAACAAUAUCAAGAAGAACAACAGAAGAGGAAACUCCUAGAUCAGAAUAUAAAUGAGCUACAAAAGGCAGUGAAAAUCUUACAAGAUAAAGAGAAUCGAAUGGAAAUGACCAGUUCUCAGCAACAAUCCAGAAUCCAGCAACAAGAGGCCCAACUUAAACAAUUGGAAAAUGAAAAAAGAAAAUCUGAUGAGAAUCUCAAGAGCAACCGGGAAUUGGCUGAGAAGGUGUCUAAGCUGCAGCAAGAGAAGGAAGCCCUACGUGAAGAAUAUGGGAAGUUUUUGAAGCAGUUUGAUUCCCACAUGAGAAACUAUAAUGAGAAACAUCAUCAUUACAAAGCCAAGUUUCACAGAGUCAAGGAUCGUUUAAUUCAUGAAGUGGAGCUACGAGAUGGGAGAAUUAAACAACUUGAAAGUGAAAUUGGAAUACUGCGACAACAAGUAGCAAAGAAGAAGGCAUUCCAGGACCAGGUCACUGCCAAAAAUGAUAUCCUGCUCCUAGAAAAAAGGAAACUUCUGGAACAGCUCACAGAGCAAGAAGAAUUGAUCCACGACAACAAAUGUAUAAUAUCUUCAGUCCAACACAGAAUAUUUUUCCUGGAUAAAGAAAAUAAGCAAUUACAGGAAAACAGUCUCCGGCUCACACAGCAGGUUGGCUUCUUAGAGCGCAUUAUAAGUAGCAUCCAGAUUCGCAGAGCAGAGGAAACAAGUAGUGGCAUCCCUGAAUUUGAAGUGUUUAAUAAAAUCUUGCCUCUCCCAAGAUCCAGUUUUUCAGGAACAGGUUUGGCACAGUCAGCUGGAAGUCUUCAAGAGACUGAAGAACGUAAGUCAGAAGAAGUGGCAAACCCCAAGUUCCCCAAGUCUCUUACGUGUUCACAGAAUUCCAAAGCUGGAUACAUAAACGUGGCUUCUCUGAAAGAGACACACUGCGUCCAAGAACAAGAUCAAAAGUCAGAACUAUAAAGUCACUAGUGUCUAAACCAGACUGAUCAAAGCUGCUAACUUAAAACUUGGGCCUGAAGGUGGAACAUGAUGUGGAGAAGACUUAUGACAGAUCUUCACUCGACAUCAGCCAGGAGCCUUCAAAAUUGCUGAUAAAGUCAUUAAACCAGUUCUAAACAUGGAUUUCUCACGUUUGUUUGAUAUCCUCAAAUGCCUUGUAUUGAUCAACAUAGUGACUUAAGUUCAAUGAUUUAAUAGAGGUUUCUGUUCAGCAGAACACAUAUAUGGCUGAUUCGGUAUUCUUUCCUAGUAUUAUGGGUACUUUUUUUGGGGGGGGUAUUGUUUUUUUUAAAAGUAAAAACCUAUAAUCACAUUAAAGCAAAUACUUUCAAAAGAAGAAAACACCCUCCUAUAAUGCCACAUACUGAACACUACUAUUUUCCUUUUGGAGUUAUUCCCUUCUGGUUCUUAUUCAAAUUCAUAUAGUUUAAAUGAUUAUUAUAUUGUAUUUUCAUAGUCUGAUUUUAAAUUUAAUCACCAUGAAACACUGUCCCAUAUUUAAACUCUUCAUAAUUAUUUUUUCAAUAGUCACGUGAUAGUCUAUUAUGUUGAUGUUGUAUAAAUUCUCUUGUUAUUUGACAUCCAAGUUUCAACUUUUUCGCUAAUUAAGAUUAUGCUGUGGUGAAAGUCUUUGUGAAGUUAGCUCUUUUCUUCUCUUAAUCCAGAAAACAAAUUCACAAGAUAAAUGUUACAGAGCUUUGGUACAUCACUUGUUUCAUUGCCUUUUAAAAAGUAUCAACAUACUACUGUUUUUACAGUCAACUUCUUUAAGCCUCAAUUUCUUGAUGCAUAAAAUGGGAACAAUAGUAGUUCCUAUCCCAUAGAGUUGUGAGGACCAUAUGAAAUGAAGCGUGUAUUUUGCACU